GAGUCUAGUUUUGUGGAAUGAGUCAUAUUAUCUGAUAAAAAUAAAGUAUUAUCCUAUAUAUGGCCUUGCAUAUUAUUAAAUUUCAUUUUAUGAUGUUACAGUUAAAACAGUGAGCACCAGCUUAAGAAAAUCAGCGAACACAACACGGUGUGCUGACCGGCCACUGACCAGCUGUGGCGGCGGCCAUGCUGCUGGCGCUGCUGGUCCUGCUGCUGCUGGCGGCGCUGGCCGGCGUGCUGCUGGCCGACGCGCUGGGUCGCCGCGGCCGGCCGUUCAGCAGCCUCUGGUCGCCGGCGGUGUCGGUCGGCGCGGCCCGGCCGGCCGGCUGUCUGCUGGUGCCGCAGACAGUGGACGCGGCGCUGGAGCGGCUGCUGGAGAGCCUGCUGGCCGAGCACCUGGCGCCCUGGUCGCAGCUGGUCAGCGCCGACCCGGCCUUCCUGCACGAGGUGCGGCUGGUGCUGCGCUGCGCGUGCACGGAGCUGGCGCGCCGCGCGCUGCGGGUGGAGCUGUCGGCGCUGGUGCUGCGCCGGCUGAUCCCGGCCGGUGUGUGCCACCUGGACUGCUGUCUGCUGGCGCGCCGGCUGCAUCGGUCCGGCCUGCUCUCUGACCAGGCCGCCUGGGACUACUACGGCCGGGACGCGCACGCGGCCGUCUCGGCCGGCGGCGAGGGCCGCUACCUGCGCACACUGGCCAGCCGGGUGACGCCGCUGCUGCUGGCGGGCCGGCCGUGCCGCGCCGGCGCCGGCGGCCUGCUGCUGCGCGAGCUGCUGGCCGGCGCCGUGCUGCGGCCACUGCUGGACCUGCUGGCCGACCCGGACACGGUCAACCAGCUGCUGCUGCUGCUGCUCUCGCCGGAGAAGCUGGACCCGUGCCCGGUGGAUAACUCGCCGUCGGUGGAGCUGCUGCUGCACUGGACUCAGACCAGCCGGCCGCCGCCCGGCUCGGCACUAGCAGUCGAUCUGUCCGGUGUGCUGAAGUCGGCGGAUCUACUCUACGCACUAAUGCAGUGUCUGAAAGAGCGUGGUGCCCUAAACCUAGUGCAGUUCUGUUUAGCCGUCGAGGAAUUUAACCAGCGCAUGCUCAACCCUGAGCUGAACGAUGAACAGUUGCGCAAUCUGUACACGGAGGCGUCGCACAUUUACAACUCGUUCCUAAGGCCCGAGUCGGCCGAUUUUGUGGGUGCUGACCGGUCCGCGUGUGAGCAGGUGCAUGAGGUGCUCUGUGGACGGGUAGAGGAGAUCACGCGUCUGCGCCGCAUGAAGGCGCUGUUCGAGGCCUACGAGCAGGCCUACAACCGUCUGGAGCAGGAGCACAUGCCCGACUUUCUGAGCAGCGGCCACUACCUGAGUCAGCUGUGCCGUCGGCAGGCGGCGGCCGGUCGGGCCGGCCGCGGCCGGGUGCUGCGCUCGGUGACUGCCGUGGCGCGCUGGGGCCGCCGACUGCGCGAGGCGCUCCGGCCAGCCGCCGUGGACGGCCAGCCGGACGAUCAGUUCGAGCUGGGAGAGGAGUAUGUGCCGGAAGAGGAGGAGGAGGAUGAGGUGGACGCGCUGACCGGUGACCUGACCUGUGACCUCUCGGCCUGGACGGUGGCCGUGCCCACCGUGUGUAUGGCCACAGACGCUGCCGGCAAACCGAUGAUUCAGUUUGUGCUAGAGGUGACCCGACCGACGGCCGACGGGCAGAACGGUGCGCCCUGCCGCGUCAAACGACGGCUCAACGAGUUCUACGUCCUGGAGAAGAAGCUGAUGGAGUUUCACGGAGAGCUAGGCGACGUGCGAUUACCGCCCAAACAGAGUCUGCUGGCCUCCAGUUUCUACACUCAGGACUUUCUCGACUGCCGCAAGGAGCUGUUCGCCUCAUUCCUUCGCCGACUGCUGGUGCUGCCUGGUCUGGGCGGAUCGCAGCUGGUGAGGGCGUUCAUCAGCUCCGAGCAGCCGUUUGUGGACGACCUGCAGCAGGAGAUCAACAUCGGACGCAUCAUCCGCACCGUGCCGCGAAAGUUCCGCAAGGAGCGCGGCCAGAAUCUGGAGCACUUUCUGUCGGGGCUGCUGAGUUCCACGGAGCCGGCGGCGCCGGGCCGGCCGCGGGCGCGCGCCGACUGCUCCGACAUGGAGCCGGUGCUGUGGGCGCGCCGCGGCCCCAGGGAGGAGCCGGCCGCCAGCCGGCGGGCGCACACGGUGGCGCGGCCCAGCCAUGAGUGCCCCCUCUCAGGCCUGUACGACACGCUGUGCUUCCUGGCGUGUCGGCUGUUCGAGGCGCCGCGCUGGCUGCUGGCGCUGCUGCGCGGCGCCCGGCCGCUGCUGCGCCACUCGACAGACGCGCUGGCCGACCGGCUGCUGGCCGCCGCGCUGGCCGAGGCGCUGGCGCCGCCGGCGCGGCUGGCCCGGCUGGCCGAGCUGGCGCGGGAGGCGCUGCUGACGCCCAGCUCGCCGCGCACAGACGCCGAGAAGGCGGCGCGCGCGCAGCACACCCUGGAGGCGGUACGCGCCGCCGUGCCGCCGCUGCUGGCCUCCACUCUAGGCGCGCACUUUGAGGACGGCACGCGCGCGCUGUUCGCGUGCCUGCAGCUGCCGCAGCUCAACAAGCAGCUGGCGUACGUGCUGCUGGACCAGGUGGUGGCUGAGCUGUUCCCGGAACUGUCCGAGCCCGAGCCGCCACCGCUGGCGUGAGCCGGUCCACUGCCUCUGCCGCCAACCAGCGCCUUAUUCAGCUAUCGCACAUAUCAGUCGUAUUUAUUUUGUUUAUUUGAGAUGCCCUUAUUUUGCCAGCGACCUCAAUUGAUAUCUCGGCGGGUCGAUCUGACGUUGGCUGUUGUCUUCAAUGGGACCGUGCUUAUCGUGAUCGCUAUCGUGUUACCGCCAGCUUUAUUCGACCAGCUCUUGUACCUGCGCAUUGUGAAGAUAGGUGUUUAUUAAAGACAACGCAUUCUGACUGCGAUAGGCGUUCGUGUGACGCUGCGAGGGACAAUAUACGUAUCUUAUCGUA